UUUAAGCCACGCCAGUGGUAAAUCUUGGUCUAAUCGCUCUGUAGUGUAGUACUCAUAGCCAACACAUACAACAACUGACACUCUAUUCACUCUAUUGUUGUUUUGUUUGCAUUCAUAUCAUAUGAAACAGCAAUUAAUGCAUUCAGUCAUCGAUUACUACUUAUUAUGUGUUAAUGAAGGCAUCAGUAGUCCAGUAGUCGUACAACAAGUGACUCAUCGCUGUAUUGGCCACCAGACCAACCCAUCCAUACCUUGAAGACCUACCGUUCCUCCCAUUUCUUCAUUUCGUUGCAGUCUUUAUAAUUGCUGUCAUAUUUGACUCAAACACUUAUCAAUUGAGUGGAUGUCGUGGUUGUGUCCAUCAGUCAUAUGAUCGACGAUUGGCUCCCAAAGCAUCACUUCUUGGAUGAUGUGAUCAUCUCAUGAAUCGAUAAUCAAAAGACAAGUUCAUUGACUCUGAUGUGUGCGAUGAGCACCACUACCAUCACUACCAUCACUACCACCUCUCAACCAAUUGAUCCAUAGGUUUAUUAUUUAUUUAAUUUAUUGUCUCAACCAUUGAUUGAUUGAAGAGGCGAUCAACGGAUCCGCAGAUUGUCGUCAAAACACUGGCAAACAAUACAUACAUUGAAUUGAUUUGAAUGAUAAACGCGUGUUUGUUUUGAUUGAAAUGAUGGCAAACAUAAGGGAGAGAUUCAGUGAACUGAUUGGCAGACAAUUGAGUCAAUUAUCUAAUUGUAACCACAAUUCAAAGAGGAAUUCAUUUAUUGAAUCCAAACAACAGAUCCACUCAACCAAUGGCUCCUUCAUCAACAGAUACCUCAAUGGAAAACUAAAUAAGAGUCAUCCGGAUAUACUUUGCGGCAAAACGUGUUAUGAUUUGCCGGUCAAAGAGGUCCAUAAGCUGUCGAACAAAUUGGUGACGGCCUCGACGGGCCCGGGAGGCGGACUAACUCUUGUCAAUCGUCGCUCAAAACCUUUUGAUUUAACGGAUCCGGACGUGGACUUUAUCGAUGAAGAUUACAACGAAUCCAAUAAUAGUCUGCCGUUCCUUAAGAAUGAGAACAUAAACGGAAUUAUUAGCAAAAGCAAUGAAAACAACGAUAAAAACAAAAACAAUAAUAAUAGGGAUAAUAUUAAUGAAGAGAAUUGGGAACAAAAGCCAUCAAUAAUUAGUUCAGAGACUGAGAGCUUCCAUAAGAGCGCGACAUUGGCUUUAGGCGAAGAGAUCGCUGGUAUAGCCAACUGGGACUCCGGUACUGACAAUGCCUAUGGAAUGGCUACCACUCUCUACGAGUGCCAUCCCUCCACUAAAGAAAAAGCCGGUGAGCCGAUUGCCGACGCGUUUGGUCUGUGCGUCCGUGAGAACAGUGCGAUCAUGGCUUUGGCCGAUGGCGUCAAUUGGGGCGAGAAGUCAUGUCUGGCGGCCCGGUGUGCAGUCCACGGCGCUAUCGACUACUUAAAUAAGGCCUUGUAUUCGGAGGGCUCGCGUAUUGAGAAUACAAUGGAUAUAUUUGUAGCACUCCUUCGCUCUUUCAAUGCCGCACACAAUCUGAUACUACAGGAAAACGGUUUACUCACAACCCUGUGCACCGGUACGCAAACCCAUUUAUUAAGUCAAUAUCUGAUCGCAACUAAUGAUGAAUCUCUCAAGAAUUCCGAUCGAUUUAUAGUGUGCACGUGUAAUGUCGGCGAUUCUCUCGCUUAUGUUUACAACGAAAAACAUGGCGUAAGAGAGAUAACUCAAGGAUCUCAUGAUAUCUAUUCGAUGCGAGACAUGAGAGAUGCUUUGGGGGCGUUGGGUCCCGUCGACGGCACAAACCCCGAGUUGAAUAACUUGACGGUUGCCAUGACUGUUGUCGAACGCGGAGAUAUAGUCUUCUUGACCAGUGAUGGCAUUUCGGAUAACUUUGAUCCAGUGGUCGGAAAGUUUGCAAUUCCUAAGAAAGACAAACCCUAUUCGAGUAAAGCUAACGGUGCUUCCAGUGAGACAUCAAAUGAUGUUCGCAAAAGUCGUCUCAAGCGAUCAAAUAGUAAUCCGGAUCGGGAUUCAGCGCACAGACCGGCGAAUGUUCGCAAAAGUCGUCUCAAGCGAUCAAAUAGUAAUCCGGAUCGGGAUUCAGCGCACAGACCGGCGCCAAACCCUGAUUUGCCGGUCGUAUCGGCGGAACAAAGACAUGAAUUAUCUUUGCUUCGAAUGGAAGAUCUGUUACUUAACGGCGUGAAUGAGAACGACAGCCGAUGCACAACCGCUAAAAGCCUUUGCCAUCUCAUGAUUGACUUCUCGAUGAAACUAACGACAGCUAAGAGACGUAUUCUGGAAGACCCGGAACUGUACGAAAAGGACGACCAGUUCGGACAGUACGAGCAGCGCGAGAGAAGGCGUCGGGUGGGCAACCGACUGGCCCUCGUGCCGGGCAAACUGGAUCACGCGUCAGUCGUGGCCUACAAAGUGGCCUUUUAUGGCAAAUGCAAGGAACAGGUGUUCGACGAGAAUCACUGCGCCUCAGAGGACAGGUAUAACCUGAAAACGAGGGCCACUUUAGCGCGAUUCGAGUCUCAGGAAGACUUCAGCGAUUUGAGUGAAUCCACGAUUUGAUGAUCUGAUGAUUUGCAUUACUUUCAUGAAAAUUGAGUCUAAUUUUCAAUUUGUUUGUCUCUCUAUUUUAAUACUAAAUAUAUCCUCUCAAAGCAAUUCAUGAUUUGAUUAGCAUUUAAAGAAAUGUUUGCUAAAUAAUUACUCACGUUUUCUGAAUCUUAAUUAUUUUAAUUGUUUUGAUAUACUAUACAAAAACAGCGGAUCUAAGGCAGAGUUGGAGUGGUGUUUGAGGAGAGCCCUGACAUGUAUUGCUGUUAAUCUAGAGAUCGUGUUGUAGUUUCUCUGUUUCUAAACCCGAAUAACCUCUCCUAUGCAUUGACUACACAUUCAUGUAAACAUUAAUCUAAAGUAUUAUGUAAUCGUCACUUAAUUUCAAAUGAUAGCUAAUUAUAUGAAUUAUAAAUCAUUAAUUAGUUGACUGACUCUCUCGGCUCUAACUCUGCCCUCAAGUCUGACAAUUAGCGACCAUUUGUGCACAAAGUCUUUUAAAGCCUUUUAUUUGAAUCACAAAAGUGCUGAUCCUUUCAAUUAUUUGAAUAACUAUUUGAAAUUCGUUUCACACGAAAAGCAGUUUAUUUAUUCUUUAAGUUUAUGUUUGAAAUCUCCACUG